AUCACAUUUUUGUUUUCCAUGUGCUGAAUCCCGGCCAAUGAAUCGUCCCAAUUACCCUGUGUGGCUGCUUGCUUCCGUCGUCGUUCAGUCAGAUAUCAAGUCGAUUUCAUGCCAUGCAUGCGGCAACCCGUCAUAGCAGACAAAGAAAGGCCGCAAAUUUCGCCAAACUGUACCAACCACAAAACCAAACAUGAGAUGGAAACCAAGCUGGGCUUAGGGGUUGGUUGGGCCAUGCCCCUCUCACCAUUGCGCGUUCAUUCUUUCUUCUCUUCUUUUUUUGCAGACAUCGGAGAGGGUCGGCGCCGCCAUGUCGGUAACCGCGUCAAUCGAAGGGUACUAUCGCGAUUUGCGAAAGUGUGUGCCGAGUGAUGUCAAGCCGGAUAGGCGACUUGCAUACAUUCUUGCCACCCACCUUCCCUUUCCGAACGGCGUGGUCACUGAACUUGUUAGGUCAACGUUUCUCCGUGCCCACACCGACCAGCGCGCCGAAGAGAUCGCCAACGCGUAUGCCAACGGUGCCGCAUUCGACUCCCUCCUCAUCUUGCUCCGUUUGCUCCUCGCGGUAUGCCCCGAAUUUCGGCAAAGUUCAGACUACCGGCUCUUCACCUUGGCAUUCCACGACUUUGGCCAGAGCUGGGUGGAUGACUACAUGGUCAAGGGCAAGCUGCUCGAGCUGCUGUACCCAACCGAGAGCGACCAGCUGAAACGUGUUGACGUGACGCUGGGCGAGCUCAUCUGGCAUCCCCUCAUCAGCAGAGCGCUGUGGUCACACCCAUCCCUGUCCUUUUUCCGACGCCAAACAUGGGUGCAGAGGCCAGGCAUGACCAAGUUUGAGCCAUACGAGCUCGACGACAAGUUUGCCAGAGUCGAAAUCCCCUUCCAAGUCCAAGACCAAAACGGCCCGAUCGACCUCGGCAAACACUUCUCCCGCAAGCUCGGCAUCCGCAACAUCGACGGCUCCAGCGUCGCCUUCGCCGGGCUGAUGCCCCCCACCAUCCCCGUCAUCAUCAAAGGCGGGCAGCCGUUCAACAGCAUCCGCACCUUCGCCAUCGAGGGGCCGUCCGACUACCGCCCGGUCGGGGACGGGACAAUAGCGCCCAUGACGGUGAAGCGGCAGUACCGGCUGCGCGCGGUGCUUAACCUCGCCGACGGCGGCGUCCACACGUACCACCAGGACACGGCGCCCGUGGUGGAGCAGCUGGACCCCGAGCUGUCGCAGACGACGGGGAUCCCGCAGGAGCGCUACCUCGCGAAGCUGCAGCGCGCGGAGCACGCGCGGCGCUGGACGUUCGAGGACAGCCCGACGCGCUUCUUUUUGUUGAUCUACGUCGAGUACAACGUGCCAGGCAGGCUGUACCGGCCGGUCAGCAACCAGUUCGGCGAGUACAUCCCCCCUAUAGCGGGCAACGGUACGUGUUUGGUUCGGCUAUGGUGAUAUUACUGUGGUGGACUAACAGGUUUUGCAGGACAGCAGAGAUGGGCGACGCCCCAGUAUCUUACGCUGGACAAGAGUGUGGAAGAGUGCAACAGAAAAUGGACUAAAAAGAGACGGGAGUCAUCGAAGCACUUUUACUAGAUGUUUGAUGCUCGGUGGGAA